GGGGAUGGAUUCCUGGCAUCACGUGACCGUAUAUAAAUCUGGAUCCGUUCAUGAGGGCCUUCUUGUUGUCGCACCAUGACCGCAACUCAUUCGGGUCUAGAGUUGCAAGCACACACACUCAUUGAUCGGACAGAACGGCGGCGCACGCACAGCCAGCCUGGGGACAUGUCACAGCACAAUGGGGCUCUUUCCUGUCUGGCGUCUAUAGAAGCAGCGCCACCAGCACCCGCAACUUUGCACACCACCACUGCCUCUGCUGUCACUGCCACCACGACCACCUCAGGCUCGCCCCCAUCGGCUCCCUCUCUCAGCACCAGCCUUGGACCCUCGUCAACACAAACCCCAGUCAAUUCCAACCGGUCAUCGAGCACCCCCUCGAGGAGAGUCCACAUCCCGCGGCUUUCAGCGGCUACUACCGAGUUACUGGCACGAGUCACUGGGAGUAUGAAAGCCGCGCAGAGAAAUGAUAGCAACUUUCUCUCCUGGAAUCCCCUUCCUGCUUCCCAGAAUCAGAAUAUCCAGAAGAAAGGCAGAAUGAGGACGUCUUCCACCAUCAUCGAGCUGCCCACGGCGCCGUUCGUAUACUCGAACAAUAUGGCGCCACCUGCGGCUCCCAAGGCUGCGGCCCCGGUGCCUCAAGCACAACAGGGCAAGCAUACACGCCUAGCCACCAUCGCAUGCAGACCAACAGAACCAUUAUCAGCGGUUGCAGCAUCUCCAUCGCCGCAGCUGCCUCCACCCGUGGUUCCCAAGAUUGCGGCCCCGGUGUCUCAAACACCCCCGGACAAGCCUACAGACCCAGCCACUAUCACACAGGGGUCAACAGAACUCUCACCAGCGGUUGCAGUGUCUCCAUCGCCACAGUUGCCUCCACCUGUGGCCCCCGAGGUUGUGGCCCCAGUGCAUCAAGUAUCCCCGGUCCAGCCUACGGCUUUAGCCUCCAUUAGACCAAAGCCAACAGAAGCCUCACCAGCUGUUGAUGCGCCUCCGCCACGGCGACUGUCUCCACCCGAGGCUCCCAAGGCUGUGACGCCUGUGUCUGAAGCACCUCCGGCACAGCCUAGAGCUUUAGCCACCGUUGCUACAAGACCAACAGAACCGUCACCAGCGGUUGAAACGCCUCCGCCACCACAGCUGCCUCCAGUAACACAACUACUGCCGCCAGCCCUCGCGGCUAAGACUUCAUCCCCCGCGACGUCGGCAACUAAACCUAAGAAGCCAGCAGUAGGAGGCGGACGCCAGCGCAAAAGUAUCACGAACGGCAGCAAGCACGGCAGUAAGCGGGGCAAAAAGCGCAGACGCAAUAACGGUAGUGAUGGGGAGGAUGUUAUCAGAGCCGGGGACUCGAGCACCGACGAAUCCGACGUUGCGCCGACAGCGACGCAAACUAAAUCUGGUCGUCAGGUAAACCGACCCUCGUUAUAUGUGCCUCCGCCGUCGGCCCCUGCGGUAGCCAAGGAGACCAGCAACUCGCUGCACACGUCGAAUAAUGCCACUGGCCAGACCGCUGCUCGAAAACGUAAACGUAUUCACCGCAUCGGGAAGGACGCUAUCAUCAAUUGUUUACACUGCCAGAGAGGACAUAGCCCGUUGAGCAAUUCGAUCGUGUUCUGCGAUGAGUGCAAUGCGGCAUGGCAUCAGUUGUGUCACGAUCCUCCCAUCGGCGCGGAGGUGGUCACCGUGAAGGAGAAGGAAUGGUUUUGUCGCGAAUGCCGGCCGGUGCAGAUCUCUAUCAUCCAACCAACGGUCGUUCGGAGCAAUCCCAGUCUCACAAGUGGUCAGCCUCCUUCCUAUCAUCCGUUGGUGGUGCCGAGGACUGAAGUCGGGGCAGAGAGAUACGCAGAUGACGAUCGACGAGGCUUCCUUUCGGGUCUCUCGCACGCCACUCUUGUCGAGCUCCUCAUGACAAUAUCGGAUCACAACCCGACCAUCCCGAUGUUUCCUGGGGAUUUGACCAAAACGCAGGGCUCGAAGUUCGCGUUUCGCCAAUCUCUAUCAGCCGUCCCGACUCCCUCCACAUCUGGGCCUGGUACCGCUGCAACCAGUACUGACUUGACGUCGAUGGAUGAAGCCAACAAGCAAAACGGGGGCACUGCGUCUGGCGGUGCCCACUCCUCGACUCAUCAAAGACGACACGAGGCCUCCGAGGAAGAGUCGGAAUACGAUGUCUAUGAACACCGGCUGUACCCCCGUGCUGGGAACGGGUUCCGGCUCUCGCUCGAUGUGGAUGACCUAGACAUCCUCGGUGAAGAUCCUGCCUGUCCCACGUUCAGCUAUUCGUUACAUGGGCCAGCGCAGAUGCGAGCUGAGAUGAACGAGAGUGUCCCGGUCUGGAGUUCAUGAUACUGGUCUUUUAUAACCCCCCCUCUCCUUGAUCCUCGCUGUCUCCUCUCGUGGGUGUACAAUUAUUCAUAUAACGCAGUGGAUGUCAUAGAUCUCUUAGCCCUCUUUUAUAGCAUGCCUGCAUGGUCCCU